CAGUUUCCUGUUUUUUGUAUAAGAGCCGUAAGACUUAAUACAAUUGACUUGUAGGCAAUUUAAAGCGUAUAUAAAUGUACAGCCAAAAAUGAUUUUUAGUUAGACAUUCGCAAGACUGAAGCGUAGGGUAUAUAAAUCGCAAGGGAAGUUAAAUUCGAUUUGGUAAAUAAUUGUAAUCUGUGUUAAAGCUAUCUAAAUAAUAAACAAUAUCAAAGUGUGUAUUGUUAAUAACAAAAAGGAAAGGAAGCUUUCUAACAUUUGACUGGAUAUAAAAUACUUGAUACACAUUUUUGUACUUUUCAAAAUGAAUACAAAAGAAUGUAGUUGUUCUUCUGAGUCUGACAUUGUGCAACUUUAUGCGCAUUUAGAAAGGAUUUGACUUUGACAAUAAGUUAGAUCGUGUCAAUAAGAAGGGCGAUACUCUUAUACAUUCCAUGAUAAAAUAUGCUCAUGUUGAACCAAAUAAGUUAGAAACAAUACUUGAGAUGCUCAGAAAUAUCAUAGAUUGUAAAUUCGAAAAAGAAAGAUCAAAGAAAAAUGAGAUGAGCGAUUCAGCAGUACGCCAACAGCUUCAGGAACAUUAUGAAGACUAUAGAAACCAGAUUAAAGAGGUGUUGUUGAAGAAGAACAAAGAGGAGCUAACACCAUUGCAACUGGCAGCCAAGAGGCAACAGUUUGAAAUAUUUGAAGUAGUUUUGCAACAUGAGAUCUACAUUCCAAAGCAUACAAACGACAGUCUCUUCCAUCAUCAGAAAUACGACAUCACUGAAAUAGAAACGCUUGCAUUGAAAGACGGAGUCAAAGGAACAGAUCAAGAGGAUUUUAAGACCGAGCAUCAUGAAUUCGUCUUACGAAUUCGUCUUCGCUAG